UCACACAAUAAUUGAACAUGGAUAGCCUUUCCCCACUUCUUCUAUCUUCUAUCAUAUUUUUUUCUUGUCUAACCACUUCUAGCAUUGCUACCACACUUGACAUAAAAAGAGAUGAAUCUUCUCUUCUUGCUUUCAAAGCCCUCAUCACCUCAGAUACUAUAAAGCAAAAUUGGAGCACUCAAACCUCAGUUUGCUCAUGGAUUGGAGUCACUUGUGAUUCCCAUGGCACUAGAGUGACUCAAUUAAACCUCUCAAAGAUGGGAGUCAGGGGCAGCAUUGCACCCGAAAUCGGAAAUCUUGAUUCUCUUGUUUCACUUGAUCUAAGUGGAAACUAUCUUAAUAGUUCUAUUGCUCCAACAAUCUUCAACCUGACGGUAGUCGAAUCUAUUCAUCUAUACGAUAAUGGCUUGUCGGGUUCGCUUCCAAGACACAUUUGCAGGUACAAUAGACUUCAACGACUCAAAGUACUUGAUCUUGGAAGUAAUGAAUUGGAGGGAGAUAUACCAUUGAGUUUGGAUCAAUGCUCACAACUUGAGAGAAUAAGUUUUGGAUUUAACAAACUUAGUGGAAAUGUGCCCAGAGAAAUUGCAAACAUCACAAAGCUUAAGGUAUUAGACCUUAGUUUCAACAAUUUAAGAGGAGUUAUUCCACAACAGAUUCAUCGUCUUGAAAAUUUACAAAUGUUGUACAUGUCGUCUAAUGAGUUAUCCGGCUCGUUGCCACCUGGCAUCGGAAACAUGAAAGCAUUACAGUUCUUUUUCCUCACUGGAAAUGCUUUAACGGGCCCUUUGCCGCCAACCAUUUUCAACAUGUCUUCUUUGAAAAGAGUUCAGUUAACUGGUAACAAACUUACCGGAAUAUUGCCUUCGGAAAUAGGGCACAUGAAGCCGCUGCAGUAUUUGAACUUACAGAAUAAUUCUUUUUAUGGUCCAAUACCACCCACCAUUGCAAAUUUAUCAAAAUUGGACUACUUGGAUCUCUCUUACAAUAAUUUAGAUGGUUCAAUACCACCCACCAUUGGGAAUCUUGCCAAUUUAGGAUACCUUGAUUGUUCACGCAACAAAUUAAAUGGUCCAAUUCCAAAUGACUUUGGAAAUCUAUUAAAAUUGGCUGAUUUGUCUCUCUCUUACAACAAACUAAAUGGCCGACUACCAUCCGGGAUCGGGAAUCUAUCAAACAUAUUUUCAUUUACGCUCUCUUACAAUCAGUUCAACGGGAAGCUUCCAUCCUCCAUCUGCAACCUAACGCGGGUCAAGUAUUUUUUUCUCUCAAAUACAAAUUUGGCAGAAACAAUUCCAAUGUGCUUUGGAAACAUGAGUGAGUCUCUAGACUUCUUACAUCUAAAUGGGAAUCAGUUUAGUGGCGCGAUUCCAUCAACGUUCAGUAAGGAGUGUAGUCUCCGGUCCAUCAAUUUGAAUGGUAAUAAAUUGGAGGGAAAAUUACCCGAAUCGUUAGCCAACUGCAGAAGUCUAGAGGGUCUCGACAUCGGAAAUAACGGAAUGCAUGGCAGUUUUCCAUACUGGACGGAAGCCCUUCCUCAACUUCGGGUGCUAGUCUUGAGGUCUAACAAGUUUGAUGGUAACAUGUCAUUGUCUUCACGAACUAAGUUUCCGUUUCCUACGUUGCAAGUUUUAGAUAUAUCUGGAAAUGCAUUUGCGGGCUCUGUACCUGAAAGGUAUAUCAACAAUUUCAAUACAAUGAUAAACACAACUAAGGAAAAUGUUAUUGGAAAUACUAUUGGGAAUUUCUUUAGGAUAUUAUUGGAGAUGAGGGUAACUUUGAAAGGUCAGCAUCAAUUGCUGGAGAGAUUGUUGGAAGGCUUUACGAUGAUUGACUUCUCUUCGAAUAGAUUUUCCGGGAGUAUUCCGCGUUCUAUAGGAAAUCUUCAGUCUCUCAGAUACUUGAACUUGUCUCACAAUAACUUCAUAGGAAAUAUACCUUCGUCUCUUGCAAACAUGAGUACACUUGAAUCGUUGGAUUUGUCUUCAAACAAUCUGGAUGGAGUGAUUCCAAGUGAAUUGACAAGGUUGACAUUUCUUACGAAAUUAAACCUUUCGAUGAAUGAUCUAGUGGGACAGAUACCACGAUCUAACCAGUUUUCUACGUUUGAGAAUGAUUCGUAUGUGGGAAACUUGGGGCUAUGUGGAGUUCCGCUGACGAGAAAAUGCAAAGAGGAGACAGGACCAAUAGAAGAAGAGGAAGACGAAGAAGAAGAUGGAUUUAUAGAUGGAUUUGGGUGGAAAAGUGUUGUGAUGGGGUAUGGAUGUGGAUCCAUUGUUGGAAUUGGUAUUGGUUGUUGUGUUCUUCGUUAUGGAAAACCAAGAUGGUUAGUUGAAUUCUUUUUUGGCGUUGGAUAUAAUAAUAAGAAGAAAAGAAGAAAGAGUAAAGCAACACCAACACAAAGGAGAAGAUGAUUCAAUGCAGAAAGUUGUGUGCUUUUUUUAGUAUCAGCUUUACAGUGUAAAAUCAAAAGAUAUUUAUAUGGAUGGUAUAAUCAAACAAGCUUAGGUUGGACUCAGAAAAA